AAAAAAAUAAAAAAAAACGCUUUAAUGAAUCAACGAUCCAAAUAGAAGUGAUCAGAUCUUAGGCCUUUGCUCCAUCUCUCUCUUCUUUAUCACUCAACUUCUGUGGAUCUUCGCGCUCUUUCUUCCCUCCUACCACCCGAACUGCUUCUCUCAGGUGGCUAGUUAGUUAUAAUCUUCGAUUGAAUUGCGAGUGAGCCAGACUCGUCACUGGAUAAGAAGAGUACACAGAUUUUGGUGUGCAGUCCUCUAGUGAAUAGCUUGUUAUGGCAUCAGUGCAGAACAGGUUUCUGCAGCCACAGCAAUCUCCGUCACCUCGGCGGAAAAGAUGGGCAGGUUGUUUGGUUGGACUGUCUUGUUUCCGCACACAAAAAGGUGGAAAGCGUAUUGUUCCUGCAUCACGCAUCCCUGAUGCCAAUUCUAUAUCAAAUCAGCCGAAUGGGCCUCAAGGUGGUGGAAUGGCCAAUCAGGCUACUGGUGUUGCUUUGUCUCUUUUAGCUCCACCAUCCUCACCGGCUUCAUUCUCGAAUUCUGGACUCCCGUCAACAGCUCAGUCGCCCAACUGCUUCUUGUCUGCUAAUUCACCCAGAGCUCCUUCAUCUAAUAUGUUCGUCACUGGUCCAUAUGCUCACGACACUCGACUGGUAUCUCCUCCUGUAUUCUCGACUUUCACAACUGAACCAUCAACAGCUCCUUUAACUCCUCCACCAGAGCAGGCGCAUUUGACAACUCCAUCUUCACCAGAUGUGCCUUACGCGCAUUUCCUUUCAUCAUCUGCGAAAUUCAAAACCACUGAUAAGAACGGCUACCCUACUGCAAAUGAUCUUCAAUCAACAUAUUUACUCUAUCCAGGAAGUCCUGCAAGUACGCUGAGAUCCCCUGUUUCAAGAGCCUCUGGUGAUUGCUUAUCAUCAUCCUUUAAUGAAAGGGAAUUCCCUUCUCGGUGGGAACCCUCUAUUCCUUCAGAAGGGUCUCCGUAUGCAAAGUCUGACUCAGGCUUGUUUGUUGGUGCCCAGGCACCUGGAGCCUCCAAGUCACGUCAAGAUUCCAAUUUCUUCUGCCCCGAGACGUUUGCACAGUUCUACCUUGACCAUUCAUCCUUUUCUAAUUCUGGUGGUAGGCUAAGUAUUUCCAAGGAAUCUGAUGCUUAUCCAAAUGGUGGAAAUGGAUACCAGAACCGUCAGAACAAAAUUUGCAAACCAGAUGCUGAGGAACUCGAAGCUUAUAGAGCAUCUUUUGGGUUUAGUGCAGAUGAAAUCAUCACCACAACUAAUUAUGUUGAGAUCUCUGAUGUGUCAGAAGACUCCUUUAGCAUAACACCUUUUGCUUCCAAUCAGCCUAUUGAGGAGGAACGUAUAACAACUCCUCCCAGGAAAGAGGUAUUCGAAACCAAAAAGAGGGAAGAACAUUUUCCUUGCCCACAGCUCAGUAAAGUACGACUGAAUCGUUCUAGCAGCGUGCAUACUGGAGGCUCGUAUAAUCAUGUUGAAGAUGAAUUACCACAGAGGCGACUAGGAGAUACUGCACGAAGCUUCCACAGUAACCACACAUCAAGCCACGGAAACAGCACAUUCUCUAAGAUGGGUGCUUCCAGAAUCAGGCGCAAGUAUCAGUUUGGCGCAUCAAAUUCUGAUGCAGAGAUUGAAUACAGGAGAGUGUCGAGCAUGAGAGAAGGGCGCUACCGGAGAGUGAGCUAAGAUUACACUGGCUUCCCCGCCACUAGCAGCUAUGAGGAACUUUUGUUGGGGGUUCCUCAGUCCGACACAUGCGUGUCGUCUGUGGUAUAAUGAGCCUCCUAGUGAGGGUAUGUUUCUCAUGAAAAUGCUGGGAAUGGAUCAACUGAGGAUGAGUUUAGAGCAAAGUGGAAGAUGAGACCUUUUGUAUGUAAAUGUUUAAACUUGUGCAUGAUUGUAAAAAAUGGAAGUAGUGGCUUUAAAUAUAACUGUGUGAUUGAUAUGUACAAAAUGUUUAUUCAGUGAUAUACAGUUUAGAUUUCUAGUGGUUCGACCUA